CCCACAGCCCCCGCAGAAAGAAAAAAAAUCAGCGCCCAGCUAGAGCACCUUCUGCAUUGCUCCUGGAGUGUAGAGACAAAGUCUCUGCUGUCCAAGUCACUAAUUCCAGAAGACAAUGACUGUAUGAACAUGGGUAAAGAAGCCCAGCUACUACGGCCCAAGGUGAAUGUCUCUUCUUACAUCCACUUCUUGCUGAAUUACAGAAACAAGUUCAAGGAGCAGCAGCCUAACACCUUCCUUGGCUUUAAAGAGUUCUCUAGAAAGUGUUCAGAAAAAUGGAAGUCCAUCUCAAAGCAUGAAAAGGCCAAGUAUGAAGCCCUGGCCAAGCUGGACAAAGCCCGAUACCAGGAAGAAAUGAUGAAUUACCCAGGCAGGAGGAGGAGGAGGAGAAGAAAGAGGGAUCCCCUGGCUCCCAGACGGCCUCCAUCGUCCUUCUUGCUCUUUUGCCAGGAACAUUAUCCCCACCUGAAGAGGGAGAACCCAAACUGGUCAGUGGUGCAGGUGGCUAAGGCCACUGGGAAGAUGUGGGCUUCAACAAGCAGCAACGAAAAGCAGCCAUAUGAACAAAGAGCCGCUUUCCUGAGAGCAAAGUACCAGGAGGAUCUGAAAGAAUACCACAAACAAUGUAAAGCCAGAAAGGGCUCCAAAGGGUUGGCGAAGAAGUACAGACAGGAAAGUGAGUAGGCUAAAGCUGAAGAUGAAUUCCGCUAGAAAUAAAAUGCCAUCCAACUGUACUGUU